AUGGUAUUACAAAAUUUUAAAAGAUUACAUCGCACGAGAAUGAAAGUGUUUAACGGAGAUUCCAGGGCACUUUCUGCUGCAAGAAUAAAAAUUAAUGAGGAGUUCAAAAAGAAUAAAAAUGUAACUGACAAAAAUUCUAUUAUGGCUAUGAUAAAAUUCGCUGAAGAUGUGGAAGUGGAAUUAAGAACACAAAUAAUUCAGGCGCGGGAAGUGAAGCCUGGGAUAUACGAGGCAAGGAUAACAGAAGAAACUCUUAAAUUAGACAAUAUUCCCUACAAUGAUAAAGCAAUCCCAGAUGAUCAAACUGUCAAGCCUAGACCCUGUUGUCAAGAUCAAACAAGAAUAAAG